AUGAUCUUUAUAUUGACAUUGUUUAAUUAUGUUAAUGGAUAUAUAUGUUAUUGUUACUGUCCUCAUUAUGUUGGUAUAACAAAUCAUUAUACAUGUACAACAGUUGAAUGUUCUCUAUCAUGUUCUUGGUCUUAUAUUGGUCUUUGCAAAACACCAUCGACUAUAUUCGGUUAUUGUGGAAUGAGCUCGAUUAUCAUUCCUGCGAAACUAAACAUUUUUAUUCUAGUUUCAAUGGUUAUUAUUAUCGAUCAAUAUCUUUUUAAUUAA